GUUGUUGAUCCGUACCCAGUGGGCAGCGCCAGGAGCGGGACCGAGCGGCCGGUGAGGGGCCGCUGCUGCGGGGCUCAGCCACCUGCGCUGCCUGCCAAGGGGCGGGCCGAAACCUGGAGGCCCGGGGGGCCCAGCUCCCGUGGGGAGCCUUGGGCGCCCGCUGCCCGGGUCGGGCCGGACAGAACAGUAAGCUGAGUAGACUUUGACCAUUGGCCUUCCACUCACCAGCUCUACCUAGCUCUCCUUUUGUGGUCCAUGUACUGCAUCCUCUGCCGUCAGUGUGCAACCGGCCCCCAACGCAAUGUGUGUUUGUCAAACCAUGGAAGUGGGGCAGUAUGGCAAGAACGCAAGUCGGGCUGGAGACCGGGGAGUCCUCCUGGAGCCCUUCAUUCACCAGGUGGGCGGACACAGCAGCAUGAUGCGGUAUGACGACCACACUGUGUGCAAGCCUCUCAUCUCCCGGGAACAGCGCUUCUACGAGUCUCUCCCUCCUGAAAUGAAAGAAUUCACCCCUGAAUACAAAGGCGUGGUUUCUGUCUGUUUUGAGGGGGACAGUGAUGGUUACAUCAACUUAGUGGCAUACCCUUAUGUGGAGAGUGAGACUGUAGAGCAAGAUGACACACCAGAGAGGGAGCAACCUCGGCGCAAACACUCCCGCCGGAGCCUGCACCGGUCAGGCAGCGGCAGUGACCACAAGGAGGAGAAAGCUAGCCUGUCCCUCGAGACUUCUGAGAGCUCCCAGGAGGCCAAGAGUCCAAAGGUGGAGCUUCACAGCCAUUCAGAUGUCCCUUUCCAAAUGCUUGACAGCAAUAGUGGGCUGAGUUCUGAGAAGAUCAGUUACAACCCCUGGAGCCUGCGCUGCCACAAGCAGCAGCUGAGCCGCAUGCGCUCUGAGUCCAAGGACCGAAAGCUCUACAAAUUCCUGCUGCUUGAGAACGUGGUCCACCACUUCAAGUACCCUUGCGUGCUGGACUUAAAGAUGGGUACCCGGCAGCAUGGGGAUGAUGCCUCAGCUGAGAAGGCGGCCCGGCAGAUGAGGAAGUGUGAGCAGAGUACAUCUGCUACGCUGGGGGUCAGGGUCUGUGGCAUGCAGGUGUACCAGCUGGACACAGGUCAUUACCUCUGCAGGAACAAGUACUAUGGCCGUGGGCUCUCCAUUGAAGGUUUCCGCAACGCCCUAUAUCAGUACCUGCACAAUGGCCUGGACCUGCGACGUGAUCUCUUUGAGCCUAUCCUGAGCAAACUGCGGGGCCUCAAAGCUGUGCUGGAGCGGCAGGCCUCCUACCGCUUCUAUUCCAGUUCUCUGCUUGUCAUCUAUGAUGGCAAGGAAUGCUGGUCUGAGCUGCGUCUCAAGCACCUGGACAUGGGGCUCCCUGAGGUGGCACCAUCCUGUGGCCCUAGCAGCAGCAAUCCUGAGGCUGGCCCCUCCUCUCCACCCAAGGUGGAUGUCCGCAUGAUUGACUUUGCACACAGCACAUUCAAGGGCUUCCGGGAUGACCCCACUGUGCAUGAUGGGCCAGACAGGGGCUAUGUGUUUGGCCUGGAGAAUCUCAUCAGCAUCAUGGAACAGAUGAGGAACGAGAACCAGUAGGCCCAAUUCUGGGCCCCUUCAUCUACACCCACAGGCAGGGACCAUUGCUCUGAACUUGCCUUGAGGACACACAGACUUGCUUUUAAAGGGUUAUAUUUCUCUUUGGUGUAAACUAAAAGAAAUGUUUUUAGCUGUAGCCUGGAAUCCAUAUAUAUAAAGUAAAGGAGGACAGAACAUACGUUCUCUCAGCCAGGCGCCUUAGCUCUGUGGCUCUGACUGCUGUGUCCAGGCUGACUCAGGAAGGAAGAGGUGGCCCUGGUGGGCUUGGCCACAGAGACAGAAUGCCCUUGGACUUUGGUGUCUCUUGCCUAAGGUCUUUAGGGGUCUGUGGCUGCAGGGCCCGGCUGAUUGUGAGGUGAUACCCUUGGCUAGCACAGAGUCUCUCAGUGUCUACUCAUCCCUUGUUUCCCAGAAAUGGAGAAAGUCUUGGGGCCUUUUCAGUUUUGUGCUGUGGGCAUCAGCCAGCUUUUGAGCAGAUGUCCUCAGGGUACCACAGGGCUAACUGGAUGGACCCAUCCUUGGGUCUGAUUUUGGCAUAGGGCUAGAUUGGUGAAACUGAGUUGAAGUCAGCUCACAGCAGAGGACAGGCCCUGGGCUCCCUAGGCACCCACUGGCAUGUAAACCUGCUCUUUCCACAACCCUGUCCAGCCUCUCACCAAGAUCCUUUGCCUAAGGAGGCCACAUAAUCUUCCUGCCCCAGGAAGGAGGCCACAUCUUUGCUGAGGAGAGUCAGUGUCCCAGUAGGCUUUGGGCCUUUAGUGGCUCUGGCCCAGACAGUAUUUGCAGUUCUUGGGCUUUGGGUGGGUGUCCCCUCUAGUUUGGGCAGCUGUGCUGCCUCUGGGUGGGCUGCUCCUCCCAGUCAAGGGUUGUGGUUGGCUCAGGGUCUUGCACUUCUUUAAGCCAAGCUCAAGGCAGCAGCCCAUUAUAAGGUAUUCUAGGCCCUGGGUUUGGAGGGAGAACUUUAAGUGUGUCUGCUUUUAGGGACAUUGGGCCCUGGGUACAAGGUGCCCAGAUUUUGCUGAGAGCUUUGUCUGAUUAAUCCUGGGGUCUGUCAGUAUGUCCAUUUGUCCCCCUGUUUUGUGGGGAGCUGUCUGGAGUAUAGCCUUGCUCAGUAGUAUAUAUUGAUUUCUAUCAUGCUUUCCUUAGCAAAAUAAUCUUUCCCUUUUGUGAGGUGAGCUUUCGUCAUGCCCUCCCUCCACUCCCCUAGCAGAUGCUGCCAUUUUACAAACCUGGUAGCAGAGUAAAUUGUAGAUGGUGUUUCUCUGCUGGCCCAGCAGCCUUCCUGUGGGUCUAGGGUACAGCCUUCAGCACUGAUUGUGGGGCAUGAAGGUUAAGGGGUGACCCUGAACAGUUUUUGUUUUAACUUUUGCUAUCAGCCCUUUAAUGACAGAGACCUGUGCAGGUUACACUACACUUAGCCAUUGCCAAGGUUCUCCAAGUCUGUGGCCACUGUCAUCACUUUGGGCAUGUCUCCGUUUUGGCAUCAGAAGAUAAUCCUGUCAUCCUUUGAGAGAAACUGAUAACUGAUGGUGUGUAAUUUCUCACUUUUUAGAGAUACAACCUCUGAAAUGGGCUCCUUGAUGGAGCCCAGUCUUGGUUUCUGACCCUGAUGCCAGUGAUGGGCAGGUUUCCAUUCCUUAGGGCUGAGAAGCAUAGCUUUGCCUAUUUCUGGUCAGUAACAACCAUCUCUCCUGUGAUAGUCUGUGGCUUCUGCCGAGGGAGUCUUCAUUAGUGUAGACAGUCUUUUCUGACAGCAUAGAGAAUAAGACAGAAGGUUUAGGGACAAUGGAGACCUGUGCUUCCCCAGUUCCCAGAUUUUGGGAGAUGCUGCCCCAUUCUGCUGCUGUCAUAGCAAGGGAGGCUGUACUUACCUACUUACACUGUGUGUUCUGCCACUACAGAGUGAAAGGGCUGGGAUUUGCUGCUUCUCCCCCAGGGCAAGGUCCCACUUUUCAGCACUUUUGAUACCUGGAGACACAGCCCUCUUAUCUGACAGGUGGUGGCAAGUGUGUGCACACUUUCUACCACUGCUCUUCUACCUGUCCCAGGCUGGAGCCCUGUUCCUGACAGGCCCUGCCUUCCCAGCCUCAAAUAGGGACCAAAGUGCAACUGGGGAUCAUGGGUUGGAGAGUUCAGGUCACUCUCUCCAUAGUAUUUCCCAGGGCCAAACCCACACCAGCCCCAGGGAGAUGGGUGGGAGUGGGACAGGACGGGUGGUGCUUAAAGAGGGGACCAGUGUAGCAACUUGCCAAUGACUCCACCUUAUCCCCCUUUGGGCCUGUGCAAUGGGCGUGAGGAGUCUCAUCUAGGGGCCAGGGGCCUGGGCUAGUUCAGUACCUGCUGCUCACACGCUCACACCUGGCCACAUGCACGUUCCCUACCUGCAGAUUGCUUUGAACUUUACAGCUAUACAACUUGGUUAUGUGUGUGCCCAUUUGAAAAAAAAAAAUACGUUUUAAUGAGGAGGAGAACCCUGGGAAAAACCUGGUUUCUUGCUUCUUAGGGGUUAAUGUAAGACUUAGAAUUCGGGAAUCGCUCUCUGCUCUUUCCUGGAAGCUACACCUGCACAUACACCCCGAGGCCAACGCCUGGAUACCACGUGGCUCCAUAGGCGUACGGGGUCGCUUGCGUUUUCCUGGGUCUUGUGUGUGAUGGAGAGGGGUGCUCAGCCCGAGCCAGCCCCUUUUCUGUAUACCUAGCGCUACUCGUCCCGCUUGUGUCAGGUCGUAUAUGUCAAAAUAAAGCGUCUAGAAACUGA